AUGGAUGUCACCAAGGCUCUCGAUUCGCUACGUUUGGAAGAUGGCAUGCCAGAUGUUGUGGCACGACGUGAAGCAUUAGAAAGGUUGCUCAACAGCAUCAACAGAAAUGAGAUACGCUUCUUGCAAGAGCGCCUUCUAGAUUUCAAAUUCACGAAAGAUUUCGUAUCGUUACCGACAGAGCUCCUAAUUCACAUUGUCGAUUAUCUGGAACUGGAGGAUUUUAUGCGUAUCCGGGCCGUUUCGCAUCGAUGGAAUGACACUUUCUCCACUGCUGAGAUCUGUUCGAUAUUCACAAAAAACUUCUUUCGCCCUUACUGGAACGCGUUUGAAUAUGAUAGCCAAAUUCUUGCUGACUGGCUCCCACGGGCCGUGCUGAAACGGCUUCAAAGAACCAACGGGCACCACUGUUCAGUAUUGCAUGGAGAGCGUAAAACAGGCCCAUCAUUGCUCGCAGUGUAUGAUAGUUCUCGUACCGAAUAUUGUAGCGGCAGGAUUGCAUACAAUUACGAUGCGCAAACGGUCGCUGUCAAAAACCUCCGCACCGGGAUCGAAAUCCACUUGCGAGAAGAUAAUAGAGAACCCAUGAACGAGUGGAAAUUAUUCGACCAGUUCCUAAUAGUCAAGAUUGCAAGUUGGGGGCCUCGCCGAUUACUAGCUAUACCAUUAGAAAGAGACUCAACCAUGCAGACUAGUACUAUUCAGUUACCUUCGUUUACUAGUAACAGUCGAGGAUCGAUUACAGCAUCCGGCAAGCAGGUAGGUAUCAUUACGCAACCAGGCGAAGUGUUUCUUUGGAAUAUAGGUGGCUGCCUGAGCCAGUUGAAGUUCUCUCCAGCUUGUGCAAAGCUCGAGAAAGCAAGUCCGGUGGAUUCUCGUCUAUACUUUAACCCGUACGAUGAGAGUCGCUGCUACUUAGUGAUGAUAGCCACCACCCACAAUCAUUCUGCGAAGACCAGAGAGUUUCAAGUAAUUCUGCAGGAAUACGAAAGUGGGAAAGCUACCACAGCUCAUCAAUUCGUUGUCAGUGUUGAUUACACAAUCGGCGGCUUGGGUGUCGAACUGGUCGAGCUUGAAGACGGAUGCAUUGGCUUAAAGAUACCGGGUGAUAACACCACGUUAUUAGCUGACAUUGACCCAAUAACUGAAUCUAUAAGUCCUCUAGGUCAGCAAGCACGUCGGAAGUGUUCACCAUGUACACAUACUUUCGCCCCUCCUGAGCUCCGUAUCAAUGGUGUUGCAGGAAGUCCAAACCCUCAAACAAUACAGCCAUUUGUCAUACUCAAAUUCGAUAUACAUAGUCGCCGUUGGAGUACUGCUACAUUUCACCUUCUUGGAUAUCACUUCUCACGCAGAAAACAUACAAUUUGGCGGGAUCAGUAUCUAUACGAUCAUGAAUUUCUUGACCGCGAAAGUGAUACUUACCGUACCGAAAAUAUCUAUUGCGUGAAAAAUUGCUCUUUACCCUCGACAAAGCGUGUUCCUUGGGUCGAAACGGAACCUGGUAUUAGGAUAACGGAGGUGAAUGUUGAUGAUGAGUUUCUUGUUUGUUUUCACGGCGAUGGAUACACCGCUUUGCAAUAUCCCACAGUCGAUCCGCUCCCAAAGAAAACUUUUGUAAGGGACUGGUAG